GAUACACAUCUCACUCACUCUGUAGUGAGAAAUAUUCUAAAAAUAAAAACGUCUGUUCCUUAGUGUACCUACUCGUGUCUAUGGGUGUAAAUAGGAAGAAAGUAUAUUUGCGUUUUAAAUUACUUGUGUUAUCCUAGGUAAACACGACAAAAUUAUUACGAACACCAAGGAGGAUUAUUAUAAUAUUAUGUCACGAUACAAGCAGCCACCAACAUUAGAAAAUCUGGCUAUAAACAGCCUGGGCGACUGGGUGGCAUGUCAAGCUGAGUUACAAAUGAAACCAUUUCUUGCACUGUCGCACAGAGACCCGGGUGCAGCUUACGAGGCAUUAAGCAAAACGGUGGACCGAUUACGAUCUAUUUUGGAAUACAAUGUACCGUGGAUGCUUCACGACGUCCUAGCAAAAGAAGCCAUUAGGGCGCUGUCGGAACUCAUGGAAAAUAUUAAAAAGUCAUUUGGAUUUCGUAGUGCUAUGGAGAAAUUCGCAAGUAAAAUGAAUAUGGUUGUAAAAAUGGCUGAAGUUAUUUUUACAAAAUACUUAACGUUUCUCUCAAUAGAUAGAAUACCAAUAAAGUUGCGCUCUGUGUUCUAUACCAAACUGCAUUUACUCACAGGACUUGUUUAUCUGAACUUAGGAUCAUUAUCUGGAGGAUGGAAAACAGCCGAUUUGGAGGGAUCUAUCAUUCAAUCUCUGAAAGAAUUACACUGUCUCAAAUAUUUAGUUAUUAAUUAUGAUUGUACAGAUAACAUAUUAAAAUGUGUGGUAGACAACUGCAAAUUGAUGGAAAAGUUGGAUUUGUCUAGUUCCGGCAGUAUAACGAAUAGUAGUAUAGACAUCAUUGUUAAACUUAAGCUUUUAAAGAGUGUUCAGUUAUAUAGAACAUUAGUGUCAUUAGAAGGGUUUGCAAAUUUGCUUUUGAAUUGCCACAACUUAGAAGAUAUUGGCCGAUGUGACAACAUUGGUAAAGUCCUCGAAUACAUACAAAGCUAUAUUGACCCAAGCAAGACAUUUAAGUUAAGAAUGUACGUCAGUCGAUAUGCGUCUGGAAGUCAUUUACAAUUAGCCGUACAAAUGUGUCCAGAGAUCAAGAGUAUGACGGUUUACCACAAUACGUUACAGAGCGACCUCAUGGUUCUGAUUGGUUUAAAAGAUCUACGAGAACUAAAACUGCUAUCAUGCGACUUUUAUGCUGAUCAAAUAAAACAAGUUCUUCAAGUGAAAGGAUGCAACAUUAGCAAUUUGCACCUCGAACAUGUAGAUCAAAUUGAUCUUAACGCAUUAAUGUACAUUAGUCAAAUGUGCCCCCUUCUUGAAACUCUAACGCUUUACAACUGCACUUUGAUUCAGCAUACCUCACUCUAUACCAAAAAGUUAGACAUCCUGCCAUUCAGAAAUUUAAAACGCAUUACAUGCGUGGCUACGUGUACUGAAGAACAUUUAUUAUUUAUUUUAACGAAUUGUUUGAACAUUGAAUUUAUACAUAUUGGGACAGCUAUACAGUUUACAGAUGACUUCGUACUUAAAAUCCUCAAUAUAAAUCCACUUUUGUAUUUAAAAGAACUGCGCAUAAUGCAGUCAGAUUAUUUAACGAUGACAUCUGUUGAUAGAAUUAUUCAUAGUUGUAUCAAUCUAGAAAUUUUGGUUGAGUUAGAAAGUUGGACUUUGCUAACAGAAAGUGACAGAGAAUAUGUAAGAAAUUAUAUUAAAAUCAAUAAUUUUAAUAUAGAUACGGCACCGAUUAGAAGGUACGACAUUUGAUUAUUAAGUAAGAUGUGUCCGUUUGUGAGGUAGGCGUAUAUUACUAUUUUUAAUGGGUACCUGCGAGUAUCUACACUCCUUCUAGUGAAGUACCUAAUUAUCACCACUAAAUAAUGAUUAUACCGAUGUCAAUAAAUAAAUAAUAAAUGAAGGAUAAAAAUAGAUUAUUUAUUUAGGUAUUAUACCUAACUACCAUAGCAUAAUGGAUACGAUU